GCUCUUCAGCUGGGCCUUCUGCUUGUGUGUGGCACCCUCAGAAGACCAGCAGGAUGGCUGCCAGCAAGAGUAAAGGCCAGAGCUCCUUGGUCCUUCACAAAGUGAUCAUGGUUGGCAGUGGCGGGGUUGGCAAGUCGGCCCUAACGCUCCAGUUCAUGUACGAUGAGUUUGUAGAAGACUAUGAACCUACCAAAGCUGACAGUUAUAGAAAGAAGGUGGUUCUUGACGGAGAAGAAGUCCAGAUAGAUAUUCUGGAUACCGCCGGACAAGAGGACUAUGCAGCCAUUCGUGACAACUACUUUCGGAGUGGGGAAGGCUUUCUGCUGGUGUUCUCCAUUACAGAACACGAGUCCUUUACAGCAACUGCCGAGUUCAGGGAACAGAUUCUCCGCGUUAAGGCUGAAGAAGAUAAAAUUCCUUUGCUCGUUGUGGGAAACAAGUCUGACUUGGAGGAGCGGAGGCAGGUGCCCGUGGAGGAGGCCAGGGGCAAGGCUGAAGAGUGGGGUGUGCAGUAUGUGGAGACGUCAGCCAAGACUCGGGCCAACGUGGACAAGGUGUUCUUCGACCUAAUGCGAGAAAUCAGAGCAAAGAAGAUGUCAGAAAACAAAGACAAGAAUGGCAAGAAAAGCAGCAAGAACAAGAAAAGUUUUAAAGAGAGGUGUUGCUUACUGUGAACACCAAGAUGGUGGCUGAAGUCGGUGUAGUCGCAAAGGACAUGGGGCUGGGUUCAUGGAGAGAAGGCUGGAGCUGACUCUUGCUUGUGCUUCCUGCUCUCCCCGUCUCACUCACUCACGUGCUUCUUUAAAUGGGGAAAAAUACUUGCGACUCAGUGACUGGCAGAAGAAAUAAGCCGUGGUUCAUGCAGCAGGACAGCUGCUCUGUCAGGAGGUUUCGGAGUUUCUUUCUUGCCUCCUUCCCUCUCAGAAGCUUAACUAGUUAUGUAGUGCUGCAGGUGGAAAACAGUCAAGUGUUAAUUACAGAGAAAAAGUCAGAGUAUCUUAUUUUCAUCCUGGUUUUAUAACAUGACCAUCUUUUGUUCCCAAACAAAAAUGUCUUAUUAGGUUUUGGAAGAGGUGGAGUAAGACACCCCCAACCUUCAUCAGUUUAGCAGCAGUGCUGAAUAAAAUCCAUUUAGCUUUAAUGACAAUGAAAACAAUCCACAGAUGUUUUUGGAUAAGUUUCUUGGCAAUGCCAUGUUGAAGGAUAGCUAAAAAAUGAAUCUGAAUUGUGCCGAAUAGGUUGAUACCAAGCUUAUGAAUCCUCCUCACAUAUGAAAAAUUGUGAAAGUUGUGAAUUGCUUUCUUCGUACUUAAAUAUUGGCCAGUAAUAGUCUGUGUUGACUGUUUUUCUCCUGUGAUAGCAACUUGAUUUUCUUGAAGGAACUCUUUUUGGUAGGCUAAGUGAAGACUCAAGAGUAUUGUGCGUGGUAAAUGACCCCCUUUUCUCCAGUCAUUUCUAUUUUUUGAAGUUCUUUGGCUCAGUCUUCACGUCAUUACCAGUCGCUUCUUCUCCACUGUGAAGGCAUCUGCCUUCCUGAUCAUGGUCACUUGCAUACAAAGGUCGAGUAAGCCUCUUCUUUAAGUGUCACACACAUUCUUCUGAAAGACGUGAUGAGUUAAAGUUGUAUUCUAAGAUGCUGAAGCCAGAGCCUGGGCCAGACCUUCUGCUACCUCUCACAGAAUUGCUGUGUAAUUCUACAUUUAAAAUUAGAAGUGGGGACAGGUAAGAUAAGCCAUCAUUCCUUACCUCUGAGACUUGGCUGCUGUUUCUAAUGUAAUGCUUUCCCGAGACAGCCAUAGAACUAGAAGUAGAAUUUUCACUGAUGAGAUAUUGUAACUCUUUCUUGUUGUAUCAGUGUUCUAAAUUCAGUAAUCAGAAAAAUCAGGAAAGGAGCGCUGUGAUAAAAACCCAGCAUUGGGCACAUUUUCCCCAUUUUUCAGAAGUGACAUUUCAUGCAUAGGUGCCAAAAGUGAAUGGGAGUGGGGAUAGUGGAAGCCUUUGGCAUUAUGGUUAUUGCAGAGACUGGAGAAAUUGUGAUCUGCCUGGAAAACAAUCUUGUAUCACCUCCCAAAGAAUCAUGGACUUUUUUUUGAAUAAAAAACAAAGCAGACAAAUAGA